AUGAAUAUAAAGAAUGACGGAAAUGAAAAUAUAUUAAAUUGUAAAAAUUUAAAAAGAAAUUUUGAAAGUAUCAAUGAACUGAAUAAUAUGGAAUCUUUAAAUAGUAUGUAUAUGUUUGAUUCAAAUAAAAGAAGGCAUAACAUAGAUUUGAAAGAUGAAAUGAAAAAUAGUGGAAAUGUUGAAAUUAUUUCUGGUUUAAAUCUUAAAAACAAAAGAAAAUUGGAAGCAGAUUUUAUCGAUAAAAAAAAAAAGAAAGUUUUUACUGAAAUCCAAAAAAGCUUUAAUUUUGCAAAUGAUAUUUUUUCAAAAAACAAUGCGUAUGAAAGUGCUAAUAAUAUUGUUUUAGAUGAAAUAAAUGAUAAAUCAAUUAAAAACUCUUUGAGGAGUAAUGAUGAUUUAUUAUUAGAAAAUAAGAUAGAGCAAAAUAAAAAGCAUUCAAUGGAAUUAGCAAUUAUACCAUUUGAGGGUAAUUCUGGUGCUUCCGAUUAUAAAUAUGAAAACAAAGUAACGCUAAAAAAUUCCCAUUUAAAAAACAUUUUUAGUCUUUUAUCAAAAAAAGAUAUUGUUUACAAAAAUUUAAAAAAUCAUAUAAAAAACAAUAAACCAUUAAUGAUCAACUGCAAGGAUUUUAAUUUAUUAUUAAAUAAAUAUAAGUAUGAAAAUGAAAUUGAUAAAAAAUUUAAUAACCAAAAUUCUGUGGAUAUUCACGAUAACUCCGAAUUAGAAAAUAACUUAUUAAAUAGUUCUAUUAUUUUGCAUGAUAAUAAGAUAGAAUCUAUUAAUUUAAAUGAUAUAAAUAAAAUUAGAGAUAAUAAUUUAUGUUUAAACAGUAAUGAUAUAUUAAAUACUAAAUUAAAUGAAUUAUAUUUAAAUUCAUUAACUAAUAAAUAUGAUAUUAAUUGUACUUUAAGUAACAAUAAUAUUAAUAAUAUGAAUAAUGCUAAUAAAGGAAACAAGUUUGAUAUCAUAAGUAAAACAGUUAACACAGAUAAUAUAUAUUCUUUAAAUGGUAAUUUAGAAGAAAUAAAAAAUCAGAAUGCAAUUAAUUGUAUGAAUAAUAUUUAUAAUUUUAAUAACAUUAAUAUUAGUAAUAAUACGAUAAAAGCCAAUAAUUAUAAUUUAAAUGAUAAUAAUACUUUUAAUAAUUUAAGUAAUGAUAUCAAUUUUAAUAAAUUAAAUAACGAUCACAACUUUAUGGACUUUAAUAAUGAUAAUAAUGUUAAUGUUUUAUAUAAUGAAAAUAACUUCAAUAAUUUAAAUAAUGAUAACAACCUAAAUAAUUUAAAUAAUAAUAUUAACUAUUAUAAUUUCAAUAAGGUUGAUAAUUUAAAUAGUAAUUAUAACAUAUAUAAUUUGAGUAAUUUAAAUAGUACUGAUAAUUUAAAUAAUAAUGAUAAUAUGUACAAUUUAAAUAACAUAAUUAGUCUUAAUAAACUACAUAACUUAAACAACGCAAAUAUACCAAAUAAUAUAAAUAAUUUUAAUAAUAUGAAUAAAUUAAAUAAUAUGAAUAAUUAA